UAUUGUCUUUGAAAGCUGCCUCAAACAACUGUUAGAAAACUGCCCCGUGUGUAAGGGAGGCUGUGAUCUUCAACAGCGAAGGAUCGGUACCUAUGUGGCUUUCACUCAGAAAUGUCUACACUGCAGCUACUUCAGACAUUGGGAGAGUCAGCCCAUGGCUGGAAAUACCCCCAUCGGCAACCUGCAACUUUCAGCUGCUACCUACUUCACAGGGUCCUCCUUCAUCCAACUACAAAAGGUGUGUGAGGCCAUGCAACUCCAGAUAUUUCAGUAUGACACCUUCAGGAGGCAUGCAAGGAGUUACAUGGAACCGGCUAUUGUUCACAAGUGGAAGAUGGAUCAGCAGCAUCAUUUCCAGCAACAGUUGCGCCUUGGUGGGUCAGUUGCAGUGGGAGGAGAUAUGAGGGCAGAUUCUCCAGGGCACUCAGCUAAGUUUGGCAGCUACUCAUUAAUGAAUCUGGAGAGCAACACCAUUCUGGACAUUCAACUUGUUCAGAGCAAUGAAGUAGGCGGCAGUUACCACAUGGAGAAGGAGGGACUCAAAAGAUGCCUAGAUCAUCUGGGGGCAAACGGAUUUAAGGCGGAUUACAUUGUUACAGACCACCAUCCACAGAUCCAGAAAUAUCUGAGGGAACGGAACAUCACGCAGUUCUAUGACGUCUGGCACUUUGAGAAAGGUUUGUCUAAGAAACUGGAGAAAGCAUCGCACAAAGAAGACAUUCUUAAGAAAUGGCUACAGAGCAUCAAGAACCAUGUGUACUGGUGCGCUACGUCAUCAACCACUGGACCGGAAAAAGUGGCAAAGUGGACAUCGCUGCUAAAUCACUUGCAAAAUUUUCAUGAUCAUGAAGACCCCCUUUUCCCCAAAUGUCUGCAUCCUGAACGAGCGUCGAGGGACCCCAACAAAUGGCUACAACCUGGUAUGUGCCAAAUUAACAUUACACAGAAAAUCCACAGUGCUAAAAUGAUGCCACUGAUAUUUCACCAUGUGUUAUUUUUUCACUCAAGGGUCAGUUUUGUUACAAAUGAACUAAAAGAGCCAUCUUUGACUGUCUUAACUUAG